AUGGCAGCAGACCUCGAACUCAAUGCUUCCGCCUGGCCCCGCCCCCUCAUGAACGCCACCCGUGAGCCAGUGGAGGCAGGGGCGUGGCAGCAUGGCCUCCUCCACCUGGUUCCGGUCACCGCGGUAACCAUCUUGCUGAGCGGCGUCACCGUGCUGGGAAACUUCCUGGUCCUGCUGUCCGUCAAGGUGAACCGUCGCCUGCGGACCGUCAACAACUACUUCCUGCUGAGCCUGGCCGUGGCCGACCUGCUGGUGGGCGUGGUCUCCAUGAACGUGUACGUGCUGUAUGCGGUGUGCGGCUACUGGCCACUAGGGGCCGCCCUGUGUGACCUGUGGCUAGUAGUGGACUACGGCGUGAGCGCGGCGGCCGUGCUGAACCUGCUCGUCAUCAGCUUGGACCGCUUCUUCUGUCUGACCCGUCCACUCAGCUACCCGUCUAGGCGGACAGGUAAGAUGGCUGCCCUGAUGAUCGCGGCCGCUUGGCUGCUGUCCUUUGCCCUGUGGACGCCCGCCAUCAUGUGCUGGCAGACAUCUGGUGGCGAGCGCCUUGUCCCCGAGGACGAGUGUUACCCGCGUCUGCUCGCCAGUCCGGUCGUGACCCUCGGGACUGCCCUGCCUGCCUUCUUCCUGCCCGCCCUCGCCAUGGUGGGCCUCUAUGGACACGUGUCUGCCGCCAGCUGCCGGCGCCUCAGUGCGCUCCGCCACCCACAAGCGGGUGACUCUGGGACGUCCAGCUCGUCCCUGCAGAGCUUUCCCCCGAAACGUCGAGGCGAGCCCACAGGUGACCCCGUGUCACAGUCUCGGCGCCAAUGGCGGUUUGGCGACUUCAAACUCAGGAUGCAUCGGGCGGCAUCCACGGGAAGUGACAUGUCAGAAAGGACGGGCGUCUCGCCACGCCCAUCGGGCAAAGACGACGACUCUUCCUGCUCCCGAAAGCGCGGGUGGGCCUCCUCCUCCACGGGACGCAGGAUCGUGGUCAGGGAGAGAAGAGUCACGUGGACCAUCCUCACCAUCCUGCUGACCUUCAUCGUCACCCGUGUGCCGCACAACGCCAUGGCGCUGGUCGCUGCCUUCUGCCACGUGCGCAUCCCCCACUUUCUGUGGCAGGCGGGGCGCUGGAUGGCUUACCUCAACAGCGCCCUCGACCCCGCCUGCUACGCCCUCUGCAGCGCCACCUUCAGGACCACCUUCUGCCGCCUGCUGCGGUGCCGCCGCCACCGAGCACCUUGAUGGCAGCGGCGCCAUCCAAAGGACAUUGGUCACCAAGUUGACUGUUAGUCAUUCAAUGUGUGUGAACGAGUGAAUUCGGCAUUAAAGUGUGUGUACAAGUUUAUUAGGUCCUAAUGUGUCCAAGUGAAUUAGUUAUUAACGUGUGAUCCAGUGAAUUAAGUUAAAGUCUUAAUGUAUGAAUUAGUGAAUUAGGCUAAAAAGGUCAUAAUUUGUGAACAAAAAAGGCCUUCAUUUGUGAAAAAGUGAAAUAAGUUAAUUAGGUCCUAACGUGUGAACGAAUGAAUUAAAUUAAUGUAAAAAUCCUAAGUGUAUUAAUAUAAAAAGGCCUUCAUGUGUGAUUAAGUGGAUUAGUGAAUAUGUUAUUAAAGGCAGGUCUUAAUGUUUUUGAAUGAGUGAAUCAUGUACUGUAGUGUUGGUUAAUGUGUGAAUUAGUUCAUUGUGUAUUGAAGUGGAUGAACAGGUUACUUAGGUCCUAACUGAGAUGUGUGAACAAGUGAAUUGUUACCAAAGUGUUUGUGUAAGUUAAUUCUGUCUCAAUGUGUGAACUAGUAAAUAAUGUGUUGAUUCUCGUGUGAACAAGUAUAUUGCAUGUUAAUAGGGCACGUUAAUUGGCUUAAUUAGGUCCUAACAUGUG